AGAGACAUCGAUAUAGCGCUACUCUCCUUGGUUUGUCGCAUAAACAUUAAACGCGGUCUAGCUAUGAAUCUCAGAAUUUGGUUAUUUUUCUAGUAUUUACGAGAACUGGAUACAACAAUCGUUUUUGAAACCGUAAGCUAGAAUGGUGAUUACUGUAAACACUCGUUCCUAAUGACAAGUGCUAAAUACUUACGCGUUGGGGUUAAGAGAAAAGUUUGGUUAAAAGAACCAAAAUGAGCGGUACGCUGAACGCUCUCGGCAGCGGCGAAGGAUGUGGCGCAAGGUGGACGCUUGGAGCACUCCUCCUGGCGCCAUUAGCUGCUGCCAACUCCAGUUACUGUGCCGUUCCCGCUGUGAUUUUGCUUGCUGCCUUUAUAACUGUUGCUACCUUCACUUCGAAAGACUUAAAAAAAAUUGCCGAAAUAUUACCGCCAACGAAAACAGUAAGAGGUCGCCGAGAACGCAAUUUACGUUCGUUUGCUGAUUUCAUGGCCAUGUGGAUGUCAUUUUUGUCGCAUUUGGUCGCUGUGGCCAUCUGCGCCAGAAUACUAAGCGCGACUGCAGACCACGUGACCGGUGGACGAACUCGAAGAUGGUUAUUUGGAUACGAGACCAGGUCUCUCGGCGAACCCUGGCCUGAUGUGUUAGGAGUGACAGUUGUUAUGGUGGUCUGCGCUAUGUUUAUGUGUGGUCUUGAGGAAAGUAUGAUGUUUACAUUUAUGCUGCUGAUUCUUUUGUACACGUUCAGCCAAUUUUUUGCCAUUGUUGGCCUUAUCAAUUUGGACAUUACCAAUAUAAAUAUGCCUAUACCUAUUACAAUUUACGAGUUAUUUGCCGCUGGAGCACCGAUAUCAUAUGCUUUCAGUUUUAAUUUACCACCUAAAGAAAAUGGAGGUGUAAAGAAAAAACUUUUACUCCGAGUUCUUUUGCCUAUGGUUGUCUUAUCAGGCUUAUGUUUUCUCUAUACUAAUAUGCUUAAAGGCACCACUGUCGACGCCACAUUGCCUGUAACUACGCUCCUAGAGGCAAGGGCGCCCGGAUGGGUCUGUCCGAUAUUAGCUGCUGUUACGGUCGCGGGGGUGUGUCUGUAUUUACUGCUGUUUAUUCCAGGGAGUCUAGCAGCAAUACUAGCAUUCGCGUGUCCGUUAUCUCAUAUGAUCACGUUAAUGAAUGCCAGCCAUUUACUCGGUAUCUCAGUGCAGGCUUUUCACUUCAUGAUAAUGCGUUGCGUCCCUACUGCUGAACAAAAGGAAGCUGGUGACAUAGAAUAUAAACGCUUAGGCAUUCAAGGAACGUCUAAGAUAACAAAACCAUCAGAUGGAAAAAUUAAGCGAGGUUUAUGGUUCAUUCCUUCUGCCAUACGUCACACCAAAACAUUGGAAAGUAUUAAAUCAAAAGUCACUAGUACUAAAGAAACAGAGGAGCGUGAAUGUCUUCUUCUGGACGAAUACGCGGGAUGUGCAAUAGACGAAAUAGACCAAAUGACUAGUUGCAGCAGUGGAACUAGAGAUGUAGCUUCAACUGAAGUGCCAGAUAUCACCUCUGAUGUGGAAGCGAGUGAACCGGAGAUAUCAUCAGGAGACGAUUCAACUGAUAUAGACGCCGUUGUAAAGGAAUACAAGGACAGAGUUCAAGUAAUUACUGCGACUCCUGAAGCCAGCACUCCGUCAUCACCAAGCGUGCGUGGGGCGCAGUGGUCAGGUGCGGGCGCUGCGAUUCAACUCGUAGCCAAUGCAUUCAUCGCCGUUGCCUUCUUCAAUGAAACUAUUAGAAUUUAUAUGUUUGGUACAGGAAUACCUGUAUGGAUUUGUGGCACCAUAAUUUGCGUCUGCCAACCAGCACACAAUUUGAGUUUGAGAAAAACUCAAAGCGUGGAAGGCCCUUUCACGUUGUUAGCGUCUACCCUAUUUCUCACGCCAUUAUUAAUAGAUUCAUGGCCAGCCAUUACCCUAUUUGCUGGUGCCGGCGUCGUAAUUUACGCUCGUUGCGAGAGAUGGUGCGGUGACUUGGCGGUACAACAGGCCCGAAGCGCAAUGGAGAGGCGCAAACUACGUCCAGUUUCCGCAACCGUCCCUCUCACUGGCUCACGACUGGCACACAUCGAUACAGUUUAUAUCACCAGGUAA